AUGUCGGACCCUGCAGACAGACCUGCGACUACUGAGUCGCAACGAAAUCCUUAUGCGUCGGCCAGCCGCUGGCGUCACCAGGAAUCAUCUGCUUAUGCUGCGCAUGCUUCACAGCUCACUGGCGAUGGCGCACCACGAGACCCUCACCAAACGACUGGUAAUGUGGGCGAGCUUACAGACUUCCUCAACCAGUCCCGCAUUGAACCAGAAGACGAUAACCGUGACACGGAAAAGUAUAGACCCAUUACCGCCGCCGCUGGUGAUAUAAAUGGAGGCAUUGCAGGUGACAAUGUAGGCCAGAGCCAUGCUGGCCCAGGCGCCCGUGGAGAAAAUGCCCCUGACGGGAAGACCAUCGUGUGUGGUCCUCUUCUAAACUACCGUCGUAUGAACGAGGGACGAUGGUAUGGGAGCGUUCUCAUAGUCGUGGAAGGUGGUGGCAAAAUUCCCCUGGACCAGCCUCACUUGUCCCUGAAGCAAGUCGUUCAGCCCCAAGAGGGUGGCUCUCCAGGCCAGGAACCGACAAAUGGGGCUCAAGAGGAGGUACGUGUUGAUGGGAAAUGUCUUUACUCGGAUCCGCGCAACACCUUCUGGGCUUUCGAUAUCAGUGUCCCAAUUCAAGCUACAGAGGCCAGCUAUGAAUAUGCUUUGCCCGCACUACGCUUCUCCACCGAGCACAAGCCCCGAGUCAACAGGUUUUUUGUCCCUGCAAAGACCGAGUCCAUGCGUAUCAUGUUCCACUCGUGCAACGGUUUCAGUGUUGGAACCGACGAGGAGGCCUGGAGCGGACCGGCGCUGUGGAACGACGUGGCACGAAAGCAUCGCGAGAUCCCUUUUCAUGUCAUGGUUGGCGGUGGUGACCAGAUUUACAACGAUGGCAUUAGAGUUGAUGGUCCUCUCCGCCCAUGGACUGAUAUAAGUAAUCCCAAGAAACGUAGAGAGUACCCGUUCCCAGAGACAAUGCGAGCAGAAUGCGACGACUAUUACCUCAAAAACUAUAUUCGCUGGUAUAACACUGACCCCUUUGCUGGUGUCAAUGGACAGAUCCCCCAGAUCAAUAUCUGGGAUGAUCACGACAUCAUUGAUGGAUUCGGCUCCUAUGUCGAUAAUUUCAUGCAGUGUGAUGUAUUCCGCGGUAUUGGCGGCACUGCUCAUAAAUAUUACAUGCUCUUCCAACAUCAUAUGCCACCUCCUGCGUCGACUUAUACUUCUGACCAUGCCGCCCUUGAGAAAGCAAAUCAAGGACCUGACCCUAACCAACUGAUGGAUACCUACGUUGCACCCAUGUUUGAGUCCCCUGAGUAUAUAGUCGGCGAUCACCCAGGCCCAUACGUUGCUGAGCGCUCAUUCAACAUCUAUACACGCCUCGGUGCCCGUAUUGCUCUGCUGGGCAUUGAUGCUCGAGUAGAGCGCUUGACAUGGCUCGAAAACAUCUUCCGCAGUCCUGUUAUGGGUCCUAUCAAAAUCCUCAACAAACGGUUUGGACUCGGUGGAAGUCUUUUCAACCAGUUCGACGGCAGCAUCGAUCUUCUGGAUGAUCUUGAUGACCAUUACACUGCCAGGACACACAAGAAGGAAAGACGAGAACUGAUGGUUGAACUUCAAAAAAUAUCUGCCGAGUUCAACAUACGUGUGACGAUCCUUGGAGGUGAUGUUCACCUUGCUGCACUGGGUCGUUUCUACUCCAACCCAAGUCUGAAGAUUCCGGCUGAAGAGGACCAUCGUUACAUGGUCAACGUUAUCUCGUCAGCCAUUGUCAAUAAGCCACCACCAACGGCUGUAGCAAACCUCCUGGCCAGGAGGAACAAGAUCCACCAUUUGAAUGCUAAGACGGAUGAGACCCUGUUGGAUCUGUUCAACAAAGACCCGGGCGACUCAAAUAAGACGGCCAACCACAACCACUGCACAAUGCCAAGCCGGAACUUUGCAACCAUUACCGAAAACUCACCCAACAAUUCGGAAUCCCCCAAUGGCAGCGAUGGCGAGAACGGGACGGAGGCAUUAGAGCAGAACUUCCUGGGCAACGAUGGCCAUAAGGUACUUCACAUGGGAGAGCUUCAGGCUGGAACAACACACAAGGCAGCAUCGAGACAAUCCCAUGGCAGGUCCAAUGACGGAACACUUGACAUAUGUAUCAACGUGGAGAUCAACCAGCAUGACAAGGAGGGACGAACCGAGAUGUACGGCUUGACGGUACCAUUGCUCAACUACCGACAGCGAGACGAGCCCAUGACGCCCAGAGAGUCGGUCGCGUCAGGCAGCCAGCAUUAG